CUACCCUACGCUCCCCUCUCCUGGACCUGCUGUCUGCCUUGGGGCUCUGCUUGUCUCGCACCCUGAGGAGAGCAGGCCAUGGGCUGGGACCUGCUGCUGCUAUGCCUGUCCUCAAUGUGCCUGCAAGCUGGUAACUCAGCAGGAUCCAGCAGAGGACGCCCCUCCUUUUGGGUUAAUCAACCAAAACACCUCUCUGCUUCCAUUGGGGGCUCUGUUGACAUCCCCUUCUCCUUCAACCACUCCUGGACCUUGUCUGAGAACCCCGACGUGAGACUGUUCUGGAGACGGAACGACUUCCAUGGAGAGUUUUUCUAUAAAACAAGCCCACUUUUCAUCCAUAAGGAUUUCAAGGACCGGCUCUUUCUGAACUGGACAGAGGAUCAGAGUUCUGGCUCCCUCAGAAUCCGGAACCUGAAGAAGAAGGAUCAGAACAAGUACUUCUGCCGAGUGCAGCUACACACUCAGAGUGAAGGCACACAGAUGUGGCAGGCCAUCGAGGGGACCGAGCUCACCAUCACUCACACUGCUAAGAGCACCACGCAGAGGCCCACCAGCAUCUCUAAAACUACCACAGCUGGUUCCAAGUUCACAGAAGGAAUGAGCUCAGAAUCCCUGAAUCUUGGAGCUAUCGUGGGGGUGACAGUAGCUGCCACCAUUGCGCUCAUAACUGUGAUCGUGGGACUGACAGUCUUCCUCAGGCAGCACAGAAAGAAAGCUCCACAGACUGAAGCCCAAAGCCCUGCCAGGGAACUCGUCGAAAGCACCGGGCACUAUGAGAAUACUGGGUACAAAGAAAAACAUAUAGAUGCCCAGCUGAGCCCCAGGAACGACAUAGUCUAUGCCUCCCUCACCCUCUCUGACCUACCUCGCCAGCAAAAGCACCUUCCUGCCACCCUUCCCAUGAGAGGCCCCAAGAGAAGAGACACUGUACAGUCUCCUAAAGACCUCAUGACUGGGACUGAAUGCUGAUCUUAGAGUCCAAUAGCAAUGAUCACAGAUUCAAACAACAGCCAAGACAGCUCAGAAGUGAGCAAGUUUGAAGGCCAGAAGGGAAUUGAAAAGGCCACCUACGCUAGUUCCCUCUUCAACUCCCAAGCCCUUGCUCAGAAAUCCUACCCGCAAGAUUUGUCUGACUGCAAUUAACAGGAAACUGAUGUCAAUGUCUUCUGCUUCUCUAAAAAUAAAU